AUGACACAUAAAAAUAGCGACCAAGGGGUCAUACCAAGCGAAUUGGAAGACUAUUUUUCUCCCCAGCUGAAACUCGAGGCUGGGCUCAAUAAUUCGACAGAGACACCCCAGGCCACCAAUACAUGGAAAUGGGAUGAUGAUCCAAGCAACCCAUACAACUGGUCGACAAAAUCGAAGAUUCUGCAAGUGAACAUGAUUGCAUGGGCAGCUUUUACAACAUCUGUCGGAGUUUCCAUAUUGUCGCCAGCCCAUUCCGAGUUUAUGAAAGAAUUCGGGGUGAGUAGCACGGUCGCUAUCCUACCAUUGUCCCUCUAUGUCUUCGCCCUCGGCCUUGGUCCUGUGGUAGGCGGACCGCUGUCUGAAACCGUUGGGAGAUAUCCUGUCUAUCUAGGCACGAUGAUUCUUGGGACGCUGUUCACACUCGGCGCCGGGCUUAGCCCGACAUUUGCCGGUAUUUGUGUGCUCCGUUUUCUGGCUGGGUUUUGCUAUGCUCCGUCUCUAGCUAUUGCAGCAGGAACCAUCAACGAGACCUUCAAACCGGUGAAGCGUGCUCUUCCGUCGGCUGUCUUCAUCUUGACGCCAUUUCUGGGACCUGGCCUAGGGCCAGUUAUUGGAAGUUUCGUUGUUAACAGAAAGGGCUGGCGCUGGACCCAGUGGACAAUGAUCUUCUUCGCCAUUUUUACCCUAUUCACAAUCGCGAUGGCCAAGGAAACCUUCCACCCCGUGAUCAGGCGCCGCCGUGCCAAAGAACUCGGGCAAAAUAUCCCUCCAUCACCACCCCUCUCCGCGAAGAUCCGUCUUUUCGCCACAAUCGCUCUGCUGCGUCCUAUUUUGAUGCUUUUUACCGAACCAAUUGUCGGCUUGAUAUGUCUCUAUGUCGCCUGUGAAUUUGCAACACUCUUCUCUUUCUUCGCUGCGAUUCCGUUAACCUUCGAAGGAGUCUACCACUUCGGCAUUGAAGACACCGGCCUCGUUAACGGUCUUACUAUGCAAUAUUAUGAUCUAUAUCCCCCAGGUCCCAAAGCAUCCUGGCCAACAAGUCCCCCCGAAUAUCGCCUCUACCCGGCGCUUAUUGGUAGUAUCGGACUGCCCACUGGGCUGUUUUGGUUUGCAUGGACUGUGAGGGCGGAUGUUUCUUGGGUUAGUCCUACGGCUGCGGUCAUGGUGUUUGCAUGGGGCAAUUUGUGUGUUUUCGUCAGUACCACUCAGUACCUUGUCGAUGCUUAUCAUGGUCUUACUGUCGCAAGUGCCAUGAGUGCGAACAGUUUGGCCAGGUACGGACUUGCUUCCGCCUUCCCUCUUUUCACCAUUCAAAUGUAUACUGAACUUGGUGCUGGAUGGGCUUCCAGUCUGCUUGGGUUUAUUGCUAUCUCCCUGUUGCCGAUUCCUUGGGUUUUUCUCACGUAUGGAAAGAAACUCAGGGCUAUGAGUCGGUUUGAAACCACCGAGGACCAGGGAUGA